GUGAGACUGACGCGUCGAAGGGAAGCCAAGGGAAGCUCCCUAACACUGACAGUCAUGGCAGAAGAAAUCAUUCCGAUACCAAAUCUCAGCCUCCCCCAGCACCUGUUCACUCUUAUCUCACCAACGCUCGGGCAACUUCACGACAAUGCAAGAAAACAAUUGCUUGAAGGAAUCAAGGCAGAUAAAAUGUCACCGUAUUAUAAGUUAGUAACCUCUGCGGGUGCUCUAACGCCUGAUUCCGCGUUGCUCGAAUCGAUGGAGAAAGAUAAUGAGGAAGAGCUCAAGAAGCUAGACGAGAGACUGGCAGAGGCGGAGAAGCAAGAAGGAGAAUCCGAGAUAUCAGACGCUUUGAAAGCUAGAGCUAAUCAUCUAACUCGAAUUGGUGACAAGGAAGGCGCAGUCGCAGCGCAAAAACUUGCGCUAGAGAAAACACCUGGCCUUGGCUCGAGGAUAGAUAUUGUGCUCACUCUCAUCCGACUGGGAAUUUUCUUCGGCGAUAAUGGCCUCAUCACUGAGAACCUUCCCAAAGCAGAAAGACUCAUCGAGGAGGGUGGUGACUGGGAUAGGCGUAAUCGUCUAAAGGUCUACCGUGGGCUCCACAUGAUAUCUAUCCGCCAGCUUAAGGCUGGUGGCGCACUUCUCCUCGAUGCACUAUCGACAUUCACUGCCACUGAACUCACAACGUACAAUGACUUCGUCGCUCUCACCAUCAUUAUAAACGCUCUCACCCUCAAACGAGUAGAUCUCAAGAAACGGCUUAUUACCGCACCAGAGGUUAUCUCCGUUUUACCCGAAAUCCCGAUCCUUGGAGACCUAUUAAACAACCUUUACGACUGCCACUACGCAAAAUUCUUCGUCGCACUCGCGACCCUUGAGCAGAAGUAUCUCCUACCCUCACGACUCCUCUCGCCUCAUACCCGCUACUAUGUACGAGAGAUGCGUAUUUUGGCAUACAGCCAACUCCUGGAGUCCUACCGCAGCCUCACUCUUGAAAGUCUUAGCAGUGCAUUUGGUGUCAGCGUCGAGUUUGUUGACAGUGAGCUCUCACGGUUUAUCGCCAACGGGCGUUUGCAUUGCACCAUCGACAAGGUGCACGGUAUUGUGGAGACGACACGACCAUCGCUCAAGAACGCACAGUACGACAAAGUCAUAAAGCAAGGCGAUGUCUUGUUAAAUUCGAUACAAAGAUUGAGUAAAGUGUUGUACUAGUACUUUACGUCUUAUCCCAGUCUUUCGUGUACUCAGACAGUAUUGUACUCAUUUAGAGUUGAUACAUAAGGGUGCGCAGAAGUGGGCACAUUCAAGUUGUUCCUGUCAUCAACAUGGACCCUGAGCAUGUCCUCGAUCUUCUUAUGUAGGCCUAUCAAUGCAUUGAUAUUAUUACGGUGUUA